CGGAGCGACGGGCUCGGUUGCGGGCGGGAGGGAGGCGGGGGCGCGGCCGGCGCGAUGGGCAACCUGUUCGGCCGCAAGAAGCAGAGCCGCGUCACGGAGCAGGACAAGGCCAUCCUGCAACUGAAGCAGCAGCGGGACAAGCUGAGGCAGUACCAGCGGAGGGUCACGCAGCAGCUGGAGCGCGAGCGCGAGGUGGCCCGGCAGCUCCUGCGGGAGGGCCGGAAGGAACGCGCCAAGCUGCUGCUCAGGAAGAAGCGGUACCGGGAGCAGCUGCUGGACAAGACGGAGAACCAGAUCGCCAGCCUGGAGACCAUGGUCCAGAGCAUCGAGUUCACUCAGAUCGAGAUGAAGGUGAUCGAGGGGCUGAAGUUCGGAAACGAGUGUCUGAAUAAGAUGCACCAGGUGAUGUCCAUCGAGGAGGUGGAGCGGGUGCUGGACGAGACGCAGGAGGCCGUGGAGUACCAGCGGCAAAUCGACGAGCUGCUGGCCGGGAGCUUCACGCAGGAGGACGAGGCUGCCGUCCUGGAGGAGCUGGACGCCAUCACGCAGGAACAGAUCGAGCUCCCAGAGGUCCCCUCGGAGCCCCUUCCGGAGAAGCCAGAGAAAACCGCCAUCAGGGCCAGGCCCCGGCAGGCGGACCUGGUGGCCGCCUCCUAACAGCCUCCGGGUGGCUGCAGGGACCCGGGACUGGACCCACAGGGCGUCUGGGCGCGUGGCCAGCCCUGACCGGCCGGGCGCGGUGCUGACGGCGGGUGCACGCGGCCUCGCUGUCCGGGAGCCUCCACGCGCCUCUCCAGGCAGGAGGUGCUGCCUCGUGCUCGUUUCUGGAUGAAGUGGCCACAGUCCAACGUCCGGCCAAACGCGGCUUCUGCAGCUGUGGCUCCAGGGCCGGGCCGGCCAACCCGCCUGGCGCUGGUCCCGCCUGGCCCUGCCCGUCACUCCUGCUCCGUUCCCUGGCGGGGGCUUCGGCGAGGAGCAGACACCUGGCCAGGCCUCCCGGCCGCCGCUGCCUGUGGGCUCGGGGGAAGCACGCGUCUGGGUCUGCGUUUGGGGGAGGGAGGCCGGGGGCGUCCCUGCUGGACCGAUGGCCCCGCGUCCCCUCGGGCCUGCUGAGAAAGGACACGACAGCAGGUGCAGCGGACAGCCCGCUGGGUUCCCGGGUGCUGACGGGGUGUGUGCCCGUGGGACCCUGGGGCUGGGAACCUGCCGAGACCCGGGGCUGCCCGCCCUCCACUCCGCGCUGUUGGACUCCCCUCCCUGUGGAGCGACAGUCUCGCUGGGUCACGCCCAGCCCCACACGCGGCACCCAUUAAAGUUGGUCCUGCACA